CACACACAGAGAGAAAUAAUUCCACUCUCCCGCCUCUCUGACUCCUCCUGGACCAACCCAGGGAGCUUGAGGGCAGCCAGCUGCUGCGCUUCUUCAGAGGGUCCGCUCCCGGCUUGGCCACCCGCCGGUCAAAGCGCAGCGCUCCGCAGUGUUACAGCAUGACUCUCUGGGAUGGCGAGCUGUCUUUCUAUCCCCAGCCCCGGCAUGCCGCCGGCAUCAGCGUCCCGCUGCUCAUUGUCAUUGUGGUGUUCUUGGCCUUGGCGGUCAGCUUCUUGCUCAUCUUGCCCGGGAUUCGUGGCCACUCGCGCUGGUUCUGGUUGGUAAGAGUUCUCCUCAGUCUGUUCAUAGGCGCAGAAAUUGUGGCCGUGCACUUCAGUGCAGAAUGGUCAGUGGGUAGAGUGAAUACCAACACAUCCUACAAAGCUUUCAGUGCAGCCCGCGUCCGAGCCCACGUCGGUCUGCACGUGGGCCUAGAGGGAAUUAAUAUUACACUCACAGGGAUCCCAGUGCAGCAGCUGAAUGAGACCAUCGACUACAACGAGCAGUUCAGCUGGCGUCUGGGCGAGAACUAUGCGGAGGAGUACACGGAGGCUCUGGAGAAAGGGCUGCCUGACCCAGUUCUCUACUUGGCGGAGAAGUUCACUCCGAGCAGCCCUUGCGGGCUCUACCGCCAGUACCGCCUGGCCGGACACUACGCUUCAGCCACACUGUGGGUGGCGUUCUGCCUCUGGCUCCUCUCCAACGCGCUGCUCUCCAUGCCGGUCCCUCUCUACGGAGGCCUGGCGCUCCUGGCCACCGGCGCCUUCUCGCUCUUCUCCGUCUUGGCCUUCGCCUCCAUCUCCAGUGUGCCGCUCUGCCCGCUCCGCUUCGGCUCCUCCGCGAUCAGCAGUCACUACGGUGCCGCCUUUUGGGUUACGCUGGCUACCGGUGUUCUGUGCCUCUUCCUUGGAGCGGCCGUGGUGAGUCUCCACUACGCUCGUCCCAGCGCUCUUCGAACCUUCUUGGACCAAAGCGUCCGGAACUGCGGUAACCAAGCGAGAGAGGGCUCGCCUCUCAACUUCAGCAACCCAGUACACAAGCAGUCCGGGGCCUCGGACUUAAUCAUCAGUACUAACCUAUGAAGGGAUCUCAAUCUCGGACUCCUCCUCCGCCUCGGUCCCCGGCAGUCUGGAGCAGUGCCCGCCAGAACUGGGCCGGGAGAGCUCAGGGAGAGGCUGUGCACAGCAGGAGCCCAGGGAAAGGUGGGCUGCCUCAGACGUGCGCCGAGCACCCUGGAGCCUCCCACGGUGAGCUGUAAAUAAAUUUUUUUCCUUUUGUUUUUUA